UUAAAACUACAUAAAUUUAUUAAAAGAAAUAUUCAAAUAUCAGAAAUAAUUGAAAAAUUAUAUUCCAUUAAGAAAGUUUUGUUAGGUCCAAUUUGAGAGCCCAUUUACAAUUCUAAAUUUGGCCCAUUUACCCACUUUUUGGUCGUCUAAAAAUUGGAAAACCGUCAGUUUUGGCGCCUGGUUUAACUUUUGUUUCAUCUAUUGUUAAUUUAUUAUAUGCUGCAAUCACUUUAAUUAUGGGGAUAUCUUUUUAGUUAGAAGGAUGGAAGAUAUUAAUGUCAAUUACUCGAAAAAUUUCACAAUCUUUGAUUUCAUUCACCAUUUCAAGAAAAAGAAAAUUUCACAAGAACACGAAUUCCGAUUCGGACACUCUUGCUUCAGCUCUAAUCAGCUGUAUAACAUCUUGCACUUUGAUCGUUCAUUGUCGGAUGCUUCAUUGCAGUGUGAUCAAAUCUCUAAGCUACAAGCACGGUUUCAUUGGUGAUCAACUCGUGUCCGCUUAUGUUAGAUUGGGAUGCACAAAAGACGCGCAGUAUCUGUUCGAUGAAUUGCCUGAUAAGGAUUUGGUAUCCUGGAAUUCGCUAAUUUCUGGGUUUUCGCGUAAUGGGGAUUUGGGUAAUUGCUUAGGUGCCUUUUUACAGGUAAAAUAUCUAACGAAUUUGAGUACCAAUGAGGUUACGUUUAUACCUUUAAUUUCAGCCUGCACUGGUGCUGAAACUCCCGAAUUGGGGGAAUAUGUUCAUGGGUCUGUUUUGAAAUUAGGCAUGCUUUCGGAUGUCAAAGUUAACAACGCUCUCAUUAACUUUUAUGGUAAAUGUGGAGAUUUGGACGCAGCUUGUAAAAUAUUUAAGGAAAUGACAGAGCAGAAUUUAGUGUCAUGGAAUUCAAUCAUUGCGGUUCAUGUUCAAAGGGGAUUCGCCGCGACUGGACUAAGAUUUUUUAUUUUGAUGAGAAGGGCAGGGAUUGUUUCUGAUCAGGCCACUUUAGUAACAUUGCUUCAAGGGUGUGAGAAUCUAGGUUUAAGAAAACUGGUAGAGGCUAUCCAUUGUUAUAUCUUCAAUUGCGGCCUUAACACGAACUUACCUAUUGCAACUGCAUCGUUAAAGCUGUAUGCUAACUUGGGAUUGUUAAGUGAUUCUCAUAAGUUGUUUGAAGAGAUGCUUAAUCCUGACGCAGUAGCGUGGACUGCGAUGCUCGCCUGCUAUGCAGUGCAUGGUUGUGGGAAAGAAGCAAUACAACAUUUCGAACUCAUGGUUAGAGAAGGAGUGGUCCCUGAUCAUGUUACGUUUACUCACUUGUUAAGUGCUUGUAGCCAUUCCGGCUUAGUUUCGGAGGGAAAAUAUUACUUCAAAAUUAUGUUGAGUACUUAUGGAAUCGAACCAAGGGUGGAUCACUAUUCGUGCAUGGUUGAUCUUUUCGGUCGUUCUGGGCUUCUCGACAAUGCUCAUAAUCUAAUCAAAAGCAUGCCGAUAGAGCCAACUUCUGCAGUUUGGGGUGCUCUUAUUGGUGCUUGUAGAAUCUAUAGUAAUAUAGGUCUUGGGAAGAAAGUUGCAGAGAAAUUGUUUGCUUUAGACCCGUCCGACUCUAGAAACUAUAUCAUACUAUCAAAUAUGUUUUCUUCAGCUGGUAGAUGGAAGGAAGCUUCAAAGGUAAGGGCUUCAAUGAAAGAAAAAAGUUUGAUUAGAAAUCCAGGGUGCAGUUACAUUGAACAUGGAAACAGAAUUAGAUGUUUUGUGAUGGGCGAUCAAUCUCACCCUGAGACGAAGGAAAUAUAUGAAAAGCUCGAAGAACUAAUGAAAAGGAUUCGAAAAGCCGGGUAUGCCCCGAAAACUGAACUUGUUCUGCAUGAUGUUGGUGAUGAUGUGAAAGAGGAUAUGAUAAGUAAACACAGUGAGAAGUUGGCCAUUGCCUUUGGGAUUUUGGUGAGUAAUGCUAAUGUGCCAUUGAUUAUAAGAAAGAACCUUAGAAUAUGUGGAGAUUGCCACAACACUGCAAAAUUCAUAUCACUGGUUGAGAAGCGAUUGAUAAUAAUCAGAGAUACCAAGCGGUUUCACCAUUUUAGAGAUGGGACAUGUUCAUGUGGAGAUUACUGGGGUGGUUCGGUCCUGGAGAUGGGUGAACUCAGCAGGUCAUCAGUUGGAAGCGUGGAUGAAGGUGCACAAUGCUAAUUCUCCAUUAGUUGUUGUGAGCCUUGAGAAGGAAGAUGAAUUUGUUAAAUGGUCCAAAAGCCUUUGGAGGGAUAUGUGAAGGUAAAUGUGGAUGCAAGUUGUGUUAGCAGUGGAGAGUCGAUGAGAGUUGGUUGUACUGUGCGUGAUUCUUGUGGUCAUUUAGUGAAGGCUAGGGCAGUUAACAUCAUAGGCAGUUUUGAGCCUAGGGCUGCUAAAGUAAUAGCUAUCUCGAGAAGCUUUGAGUUGGUUGAAUGAUGAAGAGCGGAAGGUGAUGAUUGAAUCCGAUGCUUUGUA